UCGAUGACGAGGAACCCACUUUGAGACUAAUAAUGGCUGGAGACGGCUUAAAUGGGAAUGUCACAAGAAGACAGACAACUUCUGUUAAAGCCAGAAGAAGAUCGAGGCCGUAAGUGUGAGGACAUUGAUCAAGAACAACAGUUUGGGAAUAAUGACCACCCCUCUGGUGGGGGACAAGGAAUCAUUAACGACCAGCUGUCGACGGAAGGAUAUGACAUUUACAGACCACAAGGAGUUCUGGAACGUACACAGAGUAAUCUAGAUGGUGUCAGCUUAUCCUGGCAGAACCUGGAUGUUUUUGUACCAGAAAAGACCAAGUGGAGUUGUAGGAAUUGUUUUAGAGCUUCGCCACCGUCCAAUCAGACGAAACAAAUUCUUCAAAAUG